AUGGCGGUAAUAACGAACGCGUCUUUGAUAAUUACAGACAGAUGAUAUGACCGAUCGAAGAAAAAAUCGUAGUAAAAGAAUGAAACAGUGAUUAUGUUUUCUCUUAUGUCAAUUUUUAGUGUUUUGAGUGUAGUUUCAGUUGAGUCAUACAAUGACGAAUGUUACAGAGGAGCAUCAAACUCCAGAUGUAAAGAUCGAACCUAUACUGUUACAGACAUACAAACACAUUUUCAGAACAACGCAGAUCUCUAUUUUCUAUUUGGAAUUAAUGUUUAUCGUCCAUAUAUGAAUGCACUUCAAGAAAAAGGAGAAGCAAGUGUUCUGGUGUUUGGUCUUUGCAAACCAAAUUCGUCCGAUUGUGUGCCAUACAGAGGCAACCUAUCAGAACGAUAUCAACUUGAGUUUACAGUUGCUGAUUUUCUUUACAAACCAUUUAUGUCAACUGGUUGGUAUGAACCUGAAAUAUGGCAUCAACUAAUAUGGAUCAAUAAUAGUAACACGGGAACAUGGACCAAAUGGAUAGAAAUUCCUCAAUCGUUUUUCGAAGGUAGCGGUGUACAACAUAUCCAAGGCUCAGUUAAAUACAACGGUUAUAUUCAACAAGAAUUCAAAUUGGAUUUUUAUGUACGAAUGUAUGAUUGUUUAAUACCACCGUUAUUGACAUUUGAUGGCAUCAUAAACCAACGUGAUUCUGGCUUACAAAAAAUUCAUUUAAAAGCUCUGCAUUUCAAAUAUGAUCCAACAGGGUGUCGUAUAAAUGAAUUCAAAUGUAAAUUGAAUACUUAUCGUUUAUUUGAAAAUAAUGCUACAAUAGAUCUAGAAACAGAGAAAAGUCUUUCUACAAUAUUUUCAAAAUUUUAUCAUGAUCCAACAGCAAAUACCGAUAAGAUAUAUGAAUCACAAAUUACAGAACAAGAAUUCAUUGGUCCAUUUAUACAAAUUCGUGAAAAUGUCUCGUGUCUAAAUGAAAAGGAAAUUACAUCAAAAAAAUUUACUGUAUGUUCACAAAAUUGCAUUCGUGGACAAAGAAAAUUAGCGAUGUCAAUGCCAAUCAGUAUCUUCUGGUUGCGUAUUGAUCCUGUAACGAAUACACCGAUUUUCACACAAUAUAAUGAUAGUGCACAGGACCCACGCGUUACUCUCAUUCCAGUGAAUUUGGUUCCGUGGCAGUAUAUUGUAUACGUGCCAGCCCCUCCAGAACCACUACCUAGAGCUGUUGCUUUGAAACCCAUGAUAGAUGACUAUUAUCAGAUAAUCAAACAUCAACUCACGAUUGUGGGUAUUAAUGGUCAUUUUUUCGAUAUUACACAUAUGAUUAGCGGUACGAUAGUUGAAGUAAAUUUAUUUUAUUCUGAUUACUACCCAUUUAGAAGAAAAUAUAAAAUAAUAACUGAUAGAGAAUCAAUGUGUACUUUAAUUUGUCGUAAAUAUUGUUUUGAGUUAUCACCAACGUUAUUCUUAAUUUAUGGAAAUUAUAGUACACACAAGCAAACAUUAUUUUGUCCGCACUGUUUUUUUUCCAUUAUGGAAACCACCACAAAUUCCAUACCUGUAGCUCCAUUUUUUUUCGGAAAUAUGUCCGUAUUAACUCAUUUUAUACAAUGGAAUUUAUCUUCAUUUAUGAACAAAGUUGUUAGAGCAAAUAUUCCGUGCAUAAAUGCCACAUAUAACAGUUCAUUAAACAUUGAAUUACAUAUUAUUGAACAUAAAUCACCGGAUAUUUUAGACUGCUCAUUAGCAACCAGUACUGUUCGUUCUUAUCAUGAUUUAUUAGGCGUAUCAUGUUUGUCAUCUUAUGUUAAUGCUGAUGUCAUUAUUUGGGCACUAACUAAACUAGGUAGUCAGUUAGACAAAUUAUCAACCCAAAGUGUCAUAUUGCCUCAAGGAGAUGAAUUAAAUGGAAAUACCAUAAUUCUAGAAGUCAAUCUUCCACAAAUGGAUGCUACCUAUACACUGUAUGCUCUUACAACAAAUCCUGAUAAUAGAAUGAUUGAAAAAAUAAAUAGUGCUGUUAUGUGGAAUUAUUUCUUUGAUGCAUAUCAAUUAAUAGAAUCAUGGUUAAAGAUGUAUAAGUCAGAAUUUUAUCGUUUCUAUGAGGAUGAUGACAGGAUUAAAUUUUCAUCAUUAACACCAACAACUUUUCUGUUGUCCUUCAUUGAUUACUGUCGUUUAAUAUUAAGAUAUUUGAAGGAUCAAAGAUUAUAUCAGAGAACACAAGAUUUUGCUGAAACUACCUACUCAUUUAUAACGCAAAAUAUAAAACAAUUAGAAUUAAUGUAUCAAGAUGAAAUCGUCUUUCAACGAUAUAUAUUACUGUUAAUUGAUUUAACCAAACAGCCAGAGUUGAUUGUUUAUGAUGGAUACCAUUUUUUGCGACAUAUAACAAAAUUUUUAACAUAUCGUUUACCACAAAAAUCUAUUCAUUUUCUGGAACAACUUUUGUUACUUAUUGAAAAUUUACACACGUUUAUCGCUUAUUCAAUGCCCGUGCCUAAUACAACUGAUGCUAAUUCGCUCGUGGAACUUGGUCUUAUUUUAAAUAAUUUAACAACAGUUAUUCAUGACGAAUUUGUUGCUCAAAAUUAUGCUAAAAGUCAUCGUGGAGCAUUUUUUGAAUUAUUAUUAGAUGUUCAAGCACCAUUUAUAACACAACGUUGGGCUCUGUUUCUUAAUCGUCAGAAGACGUCCAUAUAUAGCGCAAAACAGGGUCUGUCAGACGACAAAAUUUACCGUAGAGAUAAACGUCAGACAACUGUAACGAGUUUAGAUUUAAUUUAUCAUCCACAAGAAUAUGUUCCAUAUUAUUCAAAUUCAUUUAAAAAUGUCAAUCAUGUUGUGGGUCAAUUAAUAUCGAUUAUCAAGCCAAAUUCGACGCUGUCGAUUCCCAUUCUCAUUCAGUAUUCACUCACUCAACCCUAUUUAUAUAAACCCACCGUAUCAACAAUAAAAUAUCUAUAUAAAAUGACUUUGUCUAAAAUGAAUAAAAAUUUUUAUCGUCAUAAUUUUGCUUUUCAAAUGAAUACGACGGCCUUAACAAAAAAUUUGACUUUACUCUUUUAUGAUCUACCGAAUUCUAUCUAUCAUAUUGAAUUAGGUCUUGUUUACAAUUCGAGUUGUUCUAAUGCUAAAAUCAUCGAUCGUUUACAAUUAUUAACAUAUACAUUUGAUGGUGAUUUAACAGAACGAAAUUUUUUUGUACAAUCAUUACCAGUUGAAUCAAAUAGUUUAGUCUGUGCACAAGUCAGAGUGAUAUCACAAAAAUUGAGAGGAAAAAAUCGUUUAGCCACAUUUAUGGUUCUUGAAACAGCUUGUUAUUCAUUUCAAACUAAAAUUUCUGAAGAAUAUUUUAAUUCAUUUGAACAAACGUGUCAAUUACAUAAUGAAGACUUUAUGUUAACCAUAUUUACAAAUGAAUCAUUUAACGGUCCUCGUUUAGAAUGUUAUUGUUCAAAAUUGAGUAAUUAUUUUAUAUUGAACAAUUUAAUGCAAUUAAAUGUUCAAUUUGAAGUUCUUGAACAAAUAUGGAUCCGAUAUUUUAUCUACAUUUUAAUAAUUCUAUUAAUCUAUUUAUUAUUGGCCAUAUAUGCAAUACAUGCCGAUGUUCUAGAAGAAUAUCCCAUUUAUUUUUAUCAAUUGUCAAUAUUCACCGGUCUACAACAAAGCGCAUCAUCUGAUGCAAAAAUAUUCGUACGACUUAUUGGUCAAAAUCGAAUAGAUAUUGCACAUUGUCUAAAUCUUGAUGAUCAAUAUACAUUUCAACGUGGAGCAGUCGAUCAGUUUUUAAUAACGUCUUUUAUCGAUUUAGGUCCAUUACGUGCAAUUAAUUUUUGGGAAAAUGAAAUGGGAAAACAUUCUGAUUGGUAUAUUCGACAUUGUAUUGUAUACGAUUAUCAACGACAACAUUCAUCGUAUUUUUGUUGUUAUGCAUGGCUAUCAUCGUAUAAAGGUGAUAGCGUUAUUAACGAUGUGUUUUAUCAAGCUCAAGAAGUUGACAUGCAUUCAUUUGGUCAUUUGUUUGUAUCCACAUUUAGCUGGUUAUUUUACCAUUAUCAUUUAUUUAAUUCAAUAUUUUUCAAACAAAAACCAUCCACUUUUCCUCGUAUGGGUCGUCUACAUUUAUAUUUUUUUCUUCUAUUAUUACAAUUGUUUUUAACCAUGAUUACUAUUACAGUAUGUAAGAAAAAACAAGAUUUAAAUCCAAAUUCAAAAACUAUUUUUCCAUUUUUGUUUAUUGUCAAUCAAAGUUUUAUUGCUGAAUCAAAACGUUUCUAUUAUAUGUUAACAAUAAAUUUUAUUCCAUGUUUAUCAUUGGCAUUAUUACUCAGUCUUUGUAUUGUAAUAAUUACACCGUUUUUUAUAUGGUUCUACGAAUUUAUUACAUUUAAAUGGAUAUUAUAUGAACAAAUGGAUGGGGCACAUGAUGAUUUGAAAUCAUUUGAUAAUCUUCAUUCGACAUUUUUCGCUUUGGCCAGUAUUCAAGCUGACAUUGUUGAUUACCAAUCGGAUACGGAACAAUUUUCAUUUGUACAUAAAUUUGAUCUUAAACAUCGUUUAUCAAUAAGUUCAACGGACAUUAAUCAACAAAUUCGAGCUACAGGUAAAACAACUGAGAUGAAAACAAAACUGAUGGACGAUAAAAAUACACAUGUCUUUACUACGACGGCAAGAAAUUUGAAUCAAUUCAACGUAAUCGGUCGGAAAUAUCAAAGAGAAAAAUGUGAAAUCAAUGCGAAUUCAGUCUCAUCUCCAUUGCCAAAUAUCAGUACGCAAGAAAGCUGGCAUUCAAACAUUUCAACAACAAUGCCAGAAAACGAGUCAAUAUUAGAAUAUGACUGGUCGAAUCUAAAAUCUGCGAUAGUUCAUCCCAAUGCUCAUUUAACACUAACCAAAUUACUUGUCAAGUUCAAAUUACCUGAAAAACCAUCACGAAAUAUUUAUUUAUUUAGUCGAUUAGUGUAUUUUGGUAGUAUGGGACUGUUAACGUCUUUCUCAUUUUAUUUCAUGUUUGCUACAUUAGAAACAUUUACUCAAACAGAUAAUUAUUUUGUUACCGCAAAUGGUUGGCUAUUUCAUAUUACUGAUGAAUUCUACUUUCUAGCUCAUGUUGUGGAAAUACCUACAACAUCGUUAAUUGAUAUCGCACAACAAAAAUCAAAUGUAUCAUCGGGACUCUCUCGUGACAUAAUACUAACACGUAAACAACUACAAACACGAAUUCGUGAACGAAUAUUAGAAAGUUCGAUUAUAAGAGCAAUGAUAGAUGUUCUUGGCUAUAUUGUCUUUUUUGUUAUUAUAAUACUUGUUUUUAUGGAAACAAAACAGAAUGAAGUUAAAACAUAUUUGUUAUUGAAUGCAUUUAGAUCGCAGCAUAUUCAAACACGAUUGGCUCUAAAACAAUAUACAUUUCAGUUACUAUUACGUGAAGGUGUAUUUCAAGGAACAGAAGAAAUUCACGAAGAGCAUUUAGGUCUUGAUUGGGUUCGAUAUUUUCUUGAAAACCGUCUGUUUGUUAAACUCGAUGAUUAUACAUGCUCAAAAGAAGAAUGUAACUAUGUACCGAUUCCCGAUAGUCCAUUAUAUUUAAGUAAAAGUGUACGUAUUCUGCAAAUACGUGUAAAUCGUCAAGAAUGUCGGAAGAAAAUUAUAAAAUUAUUUCGUGAAGGUAUAAAAUUCUGUUUUGUUGAUGCUCAUGACUUAAUGUCAAAAUCAUCAUUAGUCAUAUCUGACAGUAUGAAUUGUACAGCAUGGACAAUUCUAACAGUGUGUGCAGGUGUUUGUCCGAAUGAAAUUAGCCUUUGGCAACCUGUUCCCUAUAAACAUAUCACCAAACUUUAUUCAACCUAUGAAUCACCCUAUUAUUAUAUAUUCUACUUAUUACCGAAAGAAACUGUACUCACGUGCUCUCGAAAACGUCGUUAUUAUGAAUUAUGGGAUGAUAAAUGGUUGGAUAAUCGAUCGAUUGUAUUCACAGUUGAAGGUAAUCUCUACAGUCCACAAGCAAAUUCUCUCAUUACAUUCGUGUUAACAUUAGUCAAAGAUCUUUAUGGUACAGUAACAAAAGAAAUAUUGAUAGAAGUAAGCGAUUAUUCUUUAUCAGCGGAUGAUGUAUCACUAGAAACAAUAAACACCACUAUUCUUCCAACCAAUUCUGUUAUUAAUAACAAUUUAAUACGUCAACCAGUUUUAACAAAUUAUCUUUUUGCUGCAUUACUCGUAGUCAUUUUUGCUAUCAAAUUAUUCGCUUUAGGAAAAUAUACAAGAAAUUUUGGUUUUACUGGCUUUAUUUCAUUUAUUCGUACACUGGCAAAUUUAAUUGAUAUUUUAUUGUUACUUCUUUGUUGUUAUUAUUUUCUAUUUUUUUAUUUGGAUAAUGAAGUGUUACAAGUCAAUAGUAUUUUAAAAAAUUUAGAUGUUCAACGUUUGUAUGUCUCAUUUCGUACAAUUAUUAUUAAUAAUGAAAUAGUAAAUGUUCUUAUUGGCUCUAUUUGUAUGGUAGCUAUAUUGAAAUUGUUAAAUUUAUUAAAAUUUAAUCCAAAAACAUUUUUAUUAGCUGAAACAAUAAAAAUUUCAUUAAACGGUUUCUGUUACAUAUUAUCGUUUUGUUUUUUAAAUUAUUUUCUAUUUGCUAUUAUUGCUCGUCUUCUAUUUCCGACAGAUAUACAUUUCAAAACAGUUUUUGUAGCAUUUCGUGUUGUACUCGUAACAUCCAUUAAAGAUUCUUCUACACAAUCGAUUGAUACAACGGUUGUUCGUGCUAUUUGGCAAUUUCUGUUAUGGUUGAUUGCCGCCAAAUUGAUCGAAAAUUUUCUCGUUUCAUUUGUUAUACAAGAAUUUAUUUUAGUACGAAAAAAUCAUUUGACUACAGACGAAGAGCGAGUACUAGAUGUGGACGAAAGUCUAAAUGGUGGGAUUCAUCCAGACAGUUCACUUCUAGCUCGUCUCAAACAUGAUUAG